CUCGACGGGAGGCGGAAAGAGAUUCCCUCCUCAACACACUUCCUGCCAGGCUCGACCAAUCGGCUGGCAUCGCGGCUGGCCGGGAGAGAGGAGAGACUCCCCACCCAAUGAAAUCGCCUCUGUGGGGCCUCCAUCCCCUUUCGUCUGCUUUGUCUAUGUUGGACAGCAAAUGGACAAGAAAGGACCCAGCUUCUACGAGAUGUCAAAAAUGAACUCGAAAAAUAAUGUUCUUGAGUGUCGUGUUUGCGAAGACAUAUUCGCCAUUCAAGGAGACAAAGUUCCACGAUUACUUCAUUGUGGGCACUCUGUUUGCCAUGCCUGCCUGAUGCGACUGCCUCAAAAGGAGGCAUCAAUCCUGUGCCCAUUUGAUCGCCAGCCUACACCAGUUGGGAACUCUGGUGUUUGGGGAUUAAAGAAAAACUUUUCUUUGCUGGAACUCCUUGAACGCCUCCAACAUGCUUCGGACAAAGCAGCAAUAUCAUUUUUCCUAUCCGCAGAAGCACUAGAAUUGGAAAGAAAGUUAGCUGUAAACUGUGAUGAAGAUGAAAGUCACGUGGCUGUUUUAUAUUGCACUGUGUGUGGAUCACAUCUCUGUGAAGAAUGUUCUGAGCUUACCCACUCUACACGAACACUGGCUAAACAUCGCAGAGUUCCCCUCUCUGAAAAACCAAGAGAGAAACCGAAGUGUCCUUCUCAUCCAGCUCAUCCUGCAGAAUUUGUGUGCCUUGAAGAAGAGUGCCAGGCAUUGGAACCUGGGAGCAGCCGCCUUUUGUGUUUCAUAUGCAAAGAUUAUGGGAGGCACAAGUCUCAUAAGCACGGUCUUGUGGAAGUGGAAGCUGAGCACAUCCGAUCAUCAGUGGUUAAUGCCAUGCAGCAUGUUCGGAAGCUGAUGGAAGAAAUGAGUGAGGCUGUUCAUAGAAUUGACAAUGUUGCUCAGAGGCUGGAAGGUUCAGAUGUGGCGAGUGUCUCAGAGGGUCGACCAGGCACUGCUGCUCUUGCCCGAGCUCGAGUCCAGGACUUUUUUCAACAGCUCCGAGACUCCCUGGAGUUGCAAGAGGCCGCAGCUCUGACUGCUGUAGAUGCUCACCUUCGACAGCGACUUUGCACGCUGCAGCAACUGCAAACCGACUUAGCGUCUUGGCUGAGCCAGGUUGCCUGCGCGACUUUGCAAUGUGAACAAGCAAUCCAACAAGACGACGGCCGAGUUAUCGUGGCUGCACGAGAAAUAAAGGAGGCCUUGUUGUCAAUUGAGAAGCAGCAGCAGCAACUUUCCGAGCUGUCCCCAGAGCAGUUGCAUCCAGAGCCAUGCAUACCAAUAACAUUCACCAAGGAUAAUAGAGUUCACAUUGGGAGAAAAAUAGAAAUGCGAGUAGUAUUUUUAGGUCUGGAUGGAGCAGGAAAGACUUCGAUUCUUUUCAAACUGAAACAAAACGAAUUUACAGCAGAGAUACCAACAAUUGGGUUCAAUGUUGAAAGCCUUGAGUACAGAAAUCUUAAAUUGACUGUGUGGGACGUUGGUGGCCAGCACAAGCUGAGACCUCUGUGGAAGCAUUAUUACCUCAACACACAGGCUGUUGUGUUUGUGGUGGAUUCAAGUGAACCAGAGAGAUUUCCAGAGGCUCUAUGUGAACUGGCCAAGCUGAUCUCAGAGAAGGAGCUGAAAGAUGCCUCUCUGCUGAUUCUUGCCAAUAAACAGGAUCUAGCGGACAGUGAGUCAAUUGAAAGAGUUACUGAUGAGCUUACGCUGAACAAAUUAUGCUGUGGUCGGAAUUGGCAUAUCCAAGCCUGUGAUGCUCAGAGUGGAGUUGGCCUCCAUGAAGGGCUGGAUUGGCUCUCAAGACAAAUGGUUGCCUCAGGUGUCUUUGACAUCAGCUGAAUAUUUCAUUUUAGUAUUCAACUUCUGAUUGCUAUUGGGGAAGAGCAUUUGAUGCAACAGCAAACAAGUAUUACUGUCUUUUUCUUUUGCUCGUAGAUGUUAAAAAGCUGUGAUAAUUUUGGGAUGUUUUUUUUUUUUAGCAUUUGGUGCUUUAGUUUGCAUUUAAGACAAUGCACUGUAAUGCAAUUGAGACAAAUAAGUCUAAAUCAUUUGUGAUUUAAAUGAAAUUGAUCUAGCUGCUAUUAAUAUUCACAAGCUCACAAAGAUCCUUUUCCAUUCUUUGCGAGCUUGGCAGACAGUAAUGAAAUCUCUUUUUAUCUGUGACUGCUGUCAAAAGGCAGUAACUUGCAUUUUUAAUGUUAUGCUUUACAGACAAUCUAAAAUAAUCACAUUUAUAUCAUAUUUGUGUAGAUCUGCCUUAUUUAAUAACAAUGUUGUAUAAAGCAAUAAGUACCCUAUGCAAAAUAAGCCAUGUUAAAGUUUCUCCAAAGUUCACUCUUAGCUGUGUACUUUCUUAUUUUGUUUCAGGGAGCAAUAAGAUUGUGGUACAGAGCGCAUUUCUCGGUAUUAUGGAUUGUUAUUGUUGUUGUUAUAUUGUUUGUUUUUUUUGUUUUUUUUAGGAUAUUUAUCAUAAGUAUACUUGCAAUCAAUCAGAAAAUUUUUCUUUCUGUUUGUAAUAAGUGUUAGGAGCACCAUUAUCUACAAAUAAUUGAACAUUGGAGUAACAGGCCUGUCUAAGAUGCCUUUGAAACAUUGAAUUCAAUUAAUUACUCAAUUUGUUUGGUAAGAAUGUUAAGGAUUCCUAGCCAGUGUUGUUUUUUUCUUUGGACUGUUUGUCUUUUCCAAGGGGGCAACGACUGGUUAAUUUCGUGUCAGCCGGCUUACGGAUUACACGGAUUUGCCCCUGCAUUACAUCCGAAUUACAACAAAACUUAUCGUGGAUUACCUUUGGAUUACGCAGGAUUACCCCAGAUUACCUCAAAAUUUUCCCGGAUUACCCGGACUACGGAUUACCAAGUUGGUGUUAGCCGGAUUACCGUCGUUACUCCCUCGGUCUCUUCUAAACAAACCCCCUUGCUCUGAUCAUAUUAUUUUAACUCGUUGUAAGUAUCCAAUUGUGUGCCUCUUCGUGUUAAUCAAUCCCCAUAGACUUCCUGUAUGAAUGCAUGAUGAAUGAGAACUACAAGACAAAAUAAAAUAAAAAUACUCUCCUAGAGAAGAGAAAAUAUGA